AUGCUCGCCGCGGCGUUGUGUCUGAGCGACACAGGCACGUACAUUUCCGUUUCCGGUUCGCCUCCGGAACCAUGGCGACCGCGCGUGGACUUGGGUACCUACUGAUACUAGGCCGAGGGUGCCGCGGCCUUCGAGUAGCUCCCCAGUCCCGGACACUCGCCUCCCUUGUGCCUGGCGUGACCCAGGUAGAUAACAAGUCCGAUUUUCUGGAGAAGAGGCGCCAUCGCAAGCACCCUGGCAUCUUGCAGCUACCGCACGUGCGAUUGCCGCAGGCACUGGCAGACGCUGCGCAGUUACUGCUGCUUGAGAGCGCAAUGCCCGAUGUGGAGAAACAGGUGCAAACACUGACCAGUUAUCUCUGGAGCCGACAUUUGCCUGUGGAGCCAGAGGAGCUGCAAAGACGAGCUGUGCAGCUUGAGAAAAAAUUCCUGGACAACCCAGACUUAUCUCAGACAGAGGAGAAACUUCAUGAAGCAGUGCUACAUGCCCUGCGUAAAACUACCUACCAUUGGCAAGAACUGAGCUACAGUGAGGGACUGAGCCUGGUGUAUAUGGCAGCAAGACUGGAUGGUGGCUUUGCAGCAGUCUCCAGAGCAUUCCAUGAGAUCCGGACUCGAAUUCCAGAGUUCCAGCCACAAACCUUGAUGGACUUUGGCUCUGGCACUGGUUCUGUCACCUGGGCUGCUCACAGUACUUGGGGCCAGAGCCUACGUGAAUAUGUGUGUGUGGACAGCUCAGCUGCCAUGUUGGAUUUGGCAGAAAAGCUACUGAAAGGUGGUUCAGAAUCUGGGGAGCCUUAUGUUCCAGGUGUCUUUCUCAGGCAGUUUCUACCUGUAUCACCCAAGGUACAAUUUGAUGUGGUGGUAUCAGCCUUUUCCUUAAGUGAACUGCCCAGCAAGGCCACCCGCACUGAGGUAGUUCAAACCUUGUGGCGUAAGACAGGUCAUUUCCUGGUAUUGGUGGAGAAUGGAACAAAAGCUGGGCACUGCCUUCUGAUGGAUGCUAGGGACCUGGUCCUGAAGGGAAAAGAGAAGUUGCCUUUGGACCCUCGACCUGGUUUUGUCUUUGCCCCAUGUCCCCAUGAACUUCCUUGUCCCCAGUUGACAGCCUCUAAGCCCCUGGCCUGUAGCUUCUCCCAGGCUUAUCAUCCCAUCCCCUUCAGCUGGAACAAGAAACCAAAGGAGGAGAAGUUCUCUAUGGUGAUCCUUGCCCGGGGUUCUCCAGAGGAAGCUAAUCGCUGGCCCCGUAUCACUCAACCUGUCCUUAAACGGCCUAGACAUGUGCAUUGUCACCUGUGCUGUCCAGACGGGCAUAUGCAGCAUGCUGUGAUCACAGCCCGCCGGCAUGGCAGGGAUUUGUAUCGCUGUGCCCGUGCCAGCUCCUGGGGAGAUCUUUUACCCGUGAUCACUCCGUCUGAGUUUCCUCCGUGCCCUGCUCAAGAUCCCCCUGAGAGCUGACAAGGAUGUGUAAAUAUUUCCUCUAUGAAGCCUGCCAAGGCUGAAGCUUCCUGGUAUCCAGGAUGGGAAUGGUUGUACCCCCAAAUGUCUGUGUUUUUUUGAGCUCUUAAUAAUAAUAAAACAUUUUUUAAAGAAUGGAA